GAACUGUAGUUUGGUCCACUCUAACGUGACAGCUGUGCUGAGAGCGCUGAGAGCUCAUGUGAAACUAAUUCAAAACAAACCCAAACUACUCUCCGGUCCUGCGGUCCUGUCAGCAGGGUGACGCGGUUCUGUUGUAAUCCAUAAUGGAUCUGCCGUGCGUUCAGUGGCAAGAUCACGUGGCACAGAAGUGGCGCGCUCUCGAGCCCAAACUAAAGGAACAGUUUACGUCCCUGCUUGAAAUAGAUGACGUUUUCAGAUGUGGUCUAAGUCUCGUGAGACAAGAUGAUCUGGACUUCUUGCAGCAGGAAUCUGCAGCAUAUUCAGUACAGAAGGAUGCAGAGCUAGCAGCCAAAUGCAGGGUGAGGGGAAACUCCAGCUUCAAGACUAAAAACUACACUGCAGCUGCUCUGCACUAUUCAAAGGGCAUCUGUUUUGCUCCCAGUACUUCGGAGCAGCUGUCUCUGUGCUACGCCAACCGCUCUGCUACGCUCUACCAUCUGCAGCACUACCAGGAAUGCCUUGAUGACAUUGACAGAGCCGUGAAGAAUGGCUAUCCCUCUCAUCUUUUACACAAACUGGAGGACCGCCGCACUCUGUGCUUUAAACAUCUCUCUGUACAUGAAAAGGGAAGGGAGGAUGAUCAAAACCCUGCCUCAAACGAUUGUAAAGGUUCAGACACAGCAAAUUCACCAUCUGUUGGGCCUCUCACAGUUGGGAUUUGUCCUCAAGUUGUUGUUGACUCCACUGUGGAGAAAGGUCGACACCUGGUGGCUGUAAAUAGAAUUGCAGCCGGGGAGGUGAUUCUCACUGACAGGCCGUACAGCUGUGUCCUCCUACCAGGAAUGGAGGAGGUGAAAGGGAAGGUGGGACGGUAUGGCAGAGAGAGAGAAGUGUUGUUUGGAGUGGAGGACAGGCGUUGCCAUAGGUGUUUGACUGAAACGCUGAUUCUUGUACCAUGUGACAGGUGUAGCUACAGCCGAUACUGUUCAACUGGUUGUCAGCAGGAAGCCUGGGAAGAACAUCAUCGCUGGGAGUGUGCGCUGGGAGCAGAUCUGAUGGCGAUGGGCGUUAUGUCACAGCUCGCCCUGAGGUUAGCUCUCAAGGCAGGGUUAAAAAACUUUCUACUAGCAAGGGAGUCAAUCAGAGACAAGCACAAAGAGUGUUUUAAUAAUCACUCGAGUGAUCCUUCUACGUCAUCCUAUGGGGGCUCUUACCUGAAUGUGUAUAACUUGCUGCACCACCUGAAUCACCACAGCCCUGCUCUGCGUUUCAUGUGUGCGGUCACCGCAGCAACACUCUACCUGAAGCUCAGCAAGGCAGGACCACCACCUGUAUCAUGGAGCCAUACCCCACAGGGACCAAACAAGGAGGGAGGAGACGCUGAUUGGAAUGCAGAGCUAUGGAUGCUGGGAAGUGCAGUUCUACAGCACAUCCUACAGCUGAGGUGUAACGCCCAGGCAAUAGUCGUGCUGCAAGACACAGGAGCAACAAACUCACCGGUGCAGUCCAACAGGGAAAUUCGCAUUGCUACUGCAGUAUUCCCGACUCUUAGUCUUCUCAAUCACUCUUGCUGCCCCAACACCAGCCUGGUGUUCAGCACUGGAGGCAUUAUUGAGCCUUCUGGUUCAGCUCUGUCUGCAGACUUCAGUGGGGGUGAAGCUGAAUGGAGGCACAAGGCGCAGGGAGUCACUGUAACAGUCAGAGCAGCCAAACUCAUCACUCCUGGACAAGAGAUCCUGCACUGCUAUGGUCCUCAUAGCAGCAGGAUGGUGACCCAGGAACGCCGGCGUCUUCUGCAAGAGCAGUACUACUUCUUGUGUCAGUGUGAGGCCUGUAGCCAACAGCAGCAGGACGUGGAGGAGCCCAGACAGCAGGAGCCAGGCGCUGAGGGCAGAGAUCUUGGACUCCUGUGCAUCAAGUGCAAAGGAUCUCUCAAAAAAAGGAGUGAGGACAGAGAAGCCGGAUUUGUAUGUUCACGCUCAUCCUGCAGUCAUUGUAUGUCCUUAUCUGACGUGAACAACAGUCUGCAGGAGAUCAGGGUUAACCUGGAGAAGGCUGUGGAACUCAUGGAGACAGACAGGCCAGGUGAGGCCCUAAGACUUCUAAAAAAGACUCUGUGUCAGUCUGGUCUCAUCCUUGCAGAGACACAUCCACUACAGGGGGAGCUAGCUGAUGCCACAGCCAGAGCUUAUGCUUCUCUGGGUGACUGGAAUAGUGCAGCAUCCCAUCUGGAGCGAAGCGCUGUAGCCAUUGCCUCCCAGUUUGGAAAAGAAAGCGUCGAACUGGGUCGACAACUCUUCAAAUUAGCACAGCUACACUUCAAUGGUGGUUCCCGAGGGGCAGCUCUCUCCGUCAUCCCCAAGGUCAGGCGACUUCUCUGCCUUCACUGCGGUCCACACUGCCAUGAAUUACAGGAGCUGAAGGCCAUGGAGGACUGCUUACAAGGGUAGUUUUCAAAAAAAAGCAAACUAUAAUUAGUUUUGUACUUUGUGAAGCUCAUUAAAAUAUGAGAAAUUUCAUGAUUGCAGGCCUUGUUUGUUUUGUGUCUUUAGAAAGCUGUUACAUUGCAGGUAACAUAUAGUCUUUUUAUAAGUUCUUGUUUUUACAAGAAGAAAUUAUAUUAUAGCACUGUAGUGCUGUACAUACCCUCAGCUAUGCUAUAAAUAUGGGUAACCGUCUGACCUUUAGAUGGCAGCAAUUGUCCAGUGACUAAUUCAAUUUCAUGCUUGAAUGACUGGACAGUAAGAUGUAGCUUCUACUCCUGAACCUACAGUACAUGGCCCAUGUCCUCCAAGACCUUCAGCUUAAAAGUCUUUAUAGGACCAUUACGGCGUGAUGUUCACGUGUUGGAGCAUUUUUCCUCUUUCAGUCAAUCAAUUAAAAGCCUUGCAUGUAAGUGAUGAAGUACAAAGACUAGUGUACCACAACAGUGAAGAAAUAAGGGUUCAGGUCACAGUAAGCUCUGAUGUAAAGGUUCAUUAGCUUUUAAAAAGGAGCGGAAGCUCAUGUUGGGCAAAGACAAUAAAAUCAUGAUCACAGCUGGAAGUCCCGAGGCAUGUGCCAGUUAAAACCUCACAAGUGUCUGGAGGGCAGCCAAUCUGACAGAUGUGAAGAUGUGCGUACAAGUCAAGGUCAAGACAAAACUUUGGUGAGGCAGCUGGUGAAAGAAGCUGGGGAGCAGUGACUCCUCAGUGAACUCAGAAUGGUCCAUGGGGCAGAUUCCUGCUGAUGAUUGUGGGAAGAAGGUUGAAAGUUAAGUCUGAAUAACGUCUUCAUUCAGGUCAACUUUUAAUUCUCUCUUAAAAACUGUAGAAAACUGAGACUGUAGAUGAAAUUCUUUUCAACAUCUAUUAAUGUGCUGAUUAAAAAAAAAAAUCAGAUCUGUAUUCUAUAACACAUUAGAAAGUGGUUAGAAAUUUCUUAUCACGAUAUUCCAGAAUGAAAAAUGUCCAUCAGGAUAUCACAGAGCACAAAGUAUCAUUAAUAAUAUUGAGCUGUCCAAAUCCACUAGAUGUUUAAUUUACUGGAAAGUAAACCAAAAAGUCUGACAACCAUCAGAAACGUCAGUGACUAAAGCGUGUGACUUCCUGAAAGGAGCCGAAAGAUUCACUCUACUUAUUAAAUUCAAAUAUACUGGUCAACAGAAAAUCAGUGUUGCAAACAGAAACCGAUGUCUGCAAAAUCAAUUUUGAUGGCUUUCCUUAUUUUAUUUUUUUUUGUUAUAAAUGAUGUCACACAGCAGCCAAUCUGAAAGAUGUUAUCAUACAACAGAAGUCUAGACUGCCUGGCCUUAAUGAGUGAAUGAACUAUUAAAGCACAUCUAUACAGUGCCCUUAUGUGAACCAAAAUUUCAGAAGCGGGACCACGUCUCCAAACAUGCUCCUUCCGGUUCUUAUCUAUAUAUGUUCCCCCAGUUCUACAAGCUGUUCAUUCUGGUUUACGUGCCCCACCCACCUUCCCCUUUCCAAUUCUUUAACUUCUUCACUUCAAUUUAGUACAUGGGAAUCUGCUAGGCCUGGGAGCCGCCGCCAGUCCCUUUGGAGGCCUUCCCCAAACCGCAGCUUAAUUCAUGUCAUUCAUUAUCUACUAAAAUGCUGUCAAACCUAAAUUGAGGACGUGGGCCCAGCUAGCAUGAACUAAAAUCUAAUUGAGAUGCUUUGGCAUGACCUUAAAUCUGCAAAAAAAGACUUUUGACAUUACUGUGUGGGUGUUAUGCCAGUCACAUCUAUACAUCUAUCCACAUCUAUACUAAGCAGUCAAAAACAUUUGGUGAUAUAUGUUCUAUAAGAAGAAACCUUUUGACAAAAUAAUCAGAGUUUUCAGAUCUUUAGUCAUGCUAAAUUUCAGUGUUUAGCCAAUCAAGCGGCAAAUAUUUUAAUCGCUUGUUUUUAAAUGAAAUUAAUUUAGUAUUCUCACUCUUUGGUCAAAUGUCUCGAAAAACAUGUCUCUUUGUAUGUUUUGUCCUCUUAUAAGCUAAUGUAAACUGAGAUAUUGUUAAAAGGCAAAUAUGCAAGUGAUUGUAGCUUUAACACAGCUUAUAGGCUUUAGAAAAGAAGCUGAUGGAGUGCAUAAUAGGAGAUUUACACUAAUGCAGCUUGAAAUCCCCUACAUCAGAGAUAACAGAGUUUUCAUAAUAAUCCUACAUAUAAUUCAGCUAUGCAUCUUGAAUAGUAAAAUCUUUGUUACCCAAAGAAAGACGUAUCAAAAGAGCCAAAUUUGUCUUAUUUGUAACUAAUCAUCAAAUACCUCAGGUCCCCAUUGUUGCAUCUGUGUUUACAUUUCCAAAUGGGAAAUUCUUCGAAUUUGUUUGCUUCUUCUUCUGCAUUUGUAAGAUAAGUUGUGUGUACAUCACUCUCAAUAGGAGCUGAGAGAGACAUGCAAGCCCAUGUCCAAAACAAAUCACACGAGCUAGGUAAAUAUUUUUGAGGUAGGGGGUGAAAAGGAGCACAAGAAAGACAAACACAAUCAGCAUGAAAAGGUCUGCAGAUGUCUGCCGGCUGUUGCAGUAUCAGAUAGUGGAUUUGUUAUUUUCACUGUGCAGUGCCAUUUGAGCCCAUUUCCACAGGCUGCGAUCUUAUCAGAUGUUUUCCUACAUAAUGCAAUCAAAAAUGGACAGACCACAGACAAAAAGCUGUGGUGUGCUGUGCAUAUUCGGUGAUAUCUCUAACAGUCUGACAGAGCCACUACCAGCUGAGACGCCUAACUCAUCUCUCCAAAUUACAACCAUGCAGCUUUACAGUUGUAGGCAGAGGUUUACAUACACUCACAUGUAGAUCAACCACUCUUCUUGGAAGAAUAAAGUGGUUGGUUUCCUGGCAUGGACCUGGCUAUUAAGCAUAAUCCACAAAUUUUCAAUACAGUUGAUGUCAGGGCUUUGGGAAAACCAUUUCAUAAGUUUAAUGCUAGACUGAUUUAUUCAUUCCAAAACCAGUUUUGAUUAACAUGUUUGUGAUCAUUUCCUGUUUGAACACUCAACUCUGUACCUGUUUUAACUGUCUAGCUGUUCAGUUGAGAUUAAUUUGAAGAGAUUGUAAUCCUCCUCCUUCAUUCUUCCAUCUACUUUGAGCAAUGUAGUAGUACCACUGACAGUAAAACAGACCCAGAACAUGAUGCUACCACCACCACCGUGCUUGACAGCUGGUACCGUGUUUUUAGGUUUGAAAUCGUCACCUUUACGCUUCUAAACAUACAUCUUGGCAUUAGGGCAGAUAGCUUAAUCUUUGUCCUGCUGGACCAUAAAACUUGUCUCUGGAAGGAAUUGGCUUUUCUAUGUUCACCGCUGCAAAUGUCUGCGAGCUUGAAGGUGUUGAUUUUGCAGCAAAAGCUUUUUUUUUUUUGUCUGUACCUUGUCAGUCCAUGGCGAUGUAAAACUCUCUUCAGUGUGGACAGUGACAUUGGUGUUCCAGCAGUUUCCAGUUUAUGACAGACUUGAACUCUGGUAGUUCCUGGGUUGUUUUUUAACAUCCGUAUAAAUUUCCUCUUAUCUGAGGGUUGCUGUUUGAUCUAAUGAUCUUGGAAUCUGCAGUUGUUAAGAAAUGCCUCUAAGAGACUUUUUAAGAGAUCUGUCUCUUUCUCCUGUCAGGUUUACUGUUUUCCCCCUCAUAAAAUCCAGCAAUUGGUAUGAUCACAAGCCAGACAGCAAGCUAAUACAACUGCCCAAGCAUACAAAGAGCACAAUAGACUGGGACAAUGCUCAAAAUCAUAGGAGCAGGAGUAUUUCAGCAGUUUUAUAUAUUCCAUAAAUUAUCAUAAAAAGAGUAUGUAAUAGUCCAAAACCAUUGGAGCACUGUGGUGAUUUGAAUUACAGUGUGGGAAAGCAGAAGCACCAAAAACAAAAAUCACAUGCAGGCCCACGAGUGAACUUGACGCUUCAUUCUCAGCUUCAGUCUCUGGGGUUCUUUUUUCAGACAUUACGUAGCCUCCCCUGAACCGUAGCAAAUGCUCUAAUUUGAGUUUGCAGUGUUUACCCUUCCAAAAGCAGGGCCGAUGCCCAAUAAAAUCCCAUUAAUCCAGCCAAUGUCAGCCUAUCCCCACAGACACCGGAUGAGAGGUGGGGCACUUUCUGGAUAGAUAGGCAUUCCAUUACAGAGUCAGUACUUAAAUAUUUUUGAGUUGGUUUGAAGUUUGUGAUCAUUAUGGAUGUGAAUAAUCCAAUCAACCCCCCUUCCCACUUAUUCAUCAGCCUUCAGUUUUAACCUGCUGAUGAUGCUGGCCCCUUUGGAGAGCCUGAUGUUCAAACUGUCACAUCCUGACACGAGCACUCCCUCUGAAACUCCGAACCUCUCCAGUGUCUCUGUCUGCCUUUAAGCUGGUUUGUUCCUUCAGUCUUCAAUGCUCCAUCUAUCAUCCUCUCUCUACAGCAGAGGACAUUUGAAUCAUGAUGCAGAUGAUGGUAAUUUGGCUGGGCUCAUGUAAAAAUAAAAUUUCCAUCACUCUCUCAAGGUUAUUAUCAACUAAUAUGAAAAUCGCUGACAGUAAAUCAUAGUCUCGAUCAAGACUGAAUGUUAAGUACAAUGAUGAUGCAUUGGAACCAGUUCUGUUGGGCCAAAAAUAGAAACAUUCAUUAGUUAUUGCUUGUUUUGCAGGCUACCAUCUCAGCAUCCAAAUCAUUGUUAGAUGUAGAGAGAGAACGAUAGCGAGCACUUGUGGGCUGAAUAAGAAUCACGAGCUGUGGAUAGAGGAGAGGCUAAAUUUGGCACAUGUGCAUUAGAGGUGUUCACACUACAGGACAAGGUGAAGGUGAGCUUAGCCAGCAGACCCACCGGCAAUCGCUCUCCCAAACAGCCUGUUCACCUUGCCGGAACUCAGUCACACACUUAUGAGUAAGCAGCUCGACACAUACAAAGUUAGGUUUUGAUUGACACUUCAAUCUGCAGGCUGUAUGACUCUGGGGAUGUCAGUGUUGGUCUGUAAAUGAACUGCUUUGGUCCUGCUUAAGAUCACCAUUAUUAAACUGUUAUCAUAAUAUCAUUGCUCCAAGCACAGCCUCACAGAGCUGCACACAUGGAUGAAGACUCUUGUCACUGCUUCUUAUUUUCAACAUUUCUGGAAGUAAAAUGUACCUUCUGGCUGCUUCUGAGUUCCUAAAAAGGUGAUCAUCUAAUAUUUACACCUGUAAAGUAUUAUUUAGUACAAUUUGGGUUUCACUGCCAUCACAUUAUCCUAAUAAGAGGAGCUGCUGUUGACGAACUUCAUGAUUGAAGGCUUUUUUCCCGUCCCCCGACUGCUGUCUGCUCUCUUGUUAUGAUGUUCCCAGAUAUGAAAGCUGAAUAUUGCUGACAUUAUUCAUCCACCUCCAGGGAACAAUAAGGCGUGCGACAUACUUCGAACCUCAAAAAGCAAAUAAAAAAUAUUGAGGAGAAAGUCGCCCUUGGGGAAAUUUAUUUAUUUACUUAGUUUAUAUUCUGUGGUGUCAGCAUACUCCUCUGCCACCUGGGGCUCUAAAUAUGUUAAGUGAAAAAUAUAGGGCCAUCAACUCUUUUUUUUCUCCCCGAUUUUUUUUAUAACUGCCAUAAAAGUAUAUUCAUCUGACAAGCCAAGAAGGUUUAUUUCUCUUUUGCGUGUGUUUGAUGAAACUGAAGUUUGGCAGAGUCAGCUUGAUGUUCUGAAACUUUCUCACAUAAAACUGUAAUCUAUCUUGUCAUAGGGGUAAAAAGCUAAGAAUAGGUCCCCUCUCUCUUCUCGCCAGAUAAAAGUAAUGACCUCUCCUUUUUAAUUUGCCUCACUAUAAUAAAUGUAAAAUAAUCUCCCCCUCCCCCUUGUCAGCCUCCUUUUUUUUCUUUCUUAUGAACGUCCCGCUCUGUUCCCGACUGUAAUGGCACGAGUAUUUUCAGCACUGUGGAGGAGCAUGAAUGGAUGAUGAAGCCAUUUACCUCAGUGACUGCUCAUGCUCCUCAUUCAUCAGUCUACC